AUGGCUUUCGCUGAGCGCUCACCACUGACCCCUCACCGCCGGGACCUCUGCAGCCGCUCUAUCUGGCUAGCAAGGAAGAUUCGUUCAGACCUGACUGCACUUACGGAAUCUUAUAUCAAUCAUCAGGGCCUGAACAAGAACGUCAACCUGGACUCUGUGGAUGGCGUGCCAAUGGCAAGCACUGAGGAGUGGGGAGAGCUGACGGAGGCAGAGCGACUGCAGCAGAACCUACGGGCGUACCGUACCUUCCACGUUCUGCUGACCACGCUUUUGGAAGACCAGCGAGUGCACUUUACCCCUACUGAAGGGGACUUCCAUCAGGCUAUCCAUACUCUUCUCCUGCAAGUCGCUGCCUUUGCUUACCAGCUGGAGGAGCUGAUGGUGUUCCUGGAGCACACGAUCCCACCCACCGAGGCUGACAGGAGGCCUGCUGGUGGAGAUGGAGGUCUCUUUGAGAAGAAGCUUUGGGGUCUAAAGGUGCUACAAGAGCUUUCUCACUGGACAGUGAGGUCCAUCCAUGAUCUCCGGGUUAUUUCUUCUCAUCAGACUGGGGUCUCAGUACACGGAAGCUAAGGAGCAGAGUAG